UAUAUAUUCUCUAUUUUUUUCCAAAUAUUUUUCGAGGGAAUCUUAAUGUUAUAAUAAGUUUUAUGCACUGUUUUGCACAUUUUAUGCUGAAAUCUAAUGUUUGUGUGUUUUUUGAUGUGAAUAUUGCAGAUGAAAUCGUGUCCACUCUGGGAGAGGGAACGUUCGGUAAAGUGGUUCGUGUACUUGACUUAAGAAAAGCGACGAGUAUCGAGGAUGACGACGACGGACACCUCAUCUACAAGAAUGGAGAUGUCCUGCAAGAGAGAUAUGAAAUCGUGUCCACUCUGGGAGAGGGAACGUUCGGUAAAGUGGUUCGUGUACUUGACUUAAGAAACGAACAAGUGAUGGCAUUAAAGGUGAUAAAAAACGUGAAGAAGUACAGGGAUGCGGCCAAACUCGAGAUCAAUGUUCUCGAGAAAAUUGCCCAAAAGGACCCCAACGGCAGAAAACUGUCGCAGUUCUACAACCUGACCAAACUGAUAGUGCCGGUGUACACAGACCGGAAGCUCUACGAGCCGGAUAGGCACAAACUGAAGUACUUUCUGUUAUUGAUGGUGCCCUACACACUGGAACAGGUGCGCCAUAUGGGCUACCAAUUGGUGUAUUCCGUUAAAUUCCUUCACGACAACCAAUUGACUCAUACGGACCUAAAGCCGGAGAAUAUAUUGUUUUUUGAUUCCGAUUACGAGGUCUUCUAUAACAACAAAAAAAAGAAGGACAUAAAGCGGGUAAAGAGUACUCACAUAAAGCUCAUAGACUUCGGUUCGGCCACUUUUGAUGACGAACACCACUCGACAAUCGUGUCCACCCGUCACUACAGGGCACCGGAAGUCAUACUCGAGUUGGGGUGGAGUCAGCCGUGCGAUGUCUGGAGCAUUGGCUGCAUAUUAUUUGAAUUAUACUUAGGAAUAACAUUGUUUCAAACGCAUGACAAUCGCGAGCACCUGGCUAUGAUGGAGAGGAUACUGGGGCCCAUUCCCUAUAGGAUGUGCCGCAAAACCAAAACGAAUUACUUCUAUCACGGAAGGCUCAGUUGGGACGAGAAGUCGUCGAACGGGCGGUACGUACGGGAGAACUGUAAGCCACUGCUCCGGUACAUGACGCACCUGCUGCUCCUCGUGGCCCGCGACAAGCUGGACUACAACCUCGUGGUCAAGAAGGCAUUCGAAGGCGACCUUAACCGGUUACACGAGUUGGACGCCAUUGAGGCCACUCAAGAGAGGAACGACAGCUCAAAAAACGAAUGUCGGGAGCGCUCGCAUAGUCUGUCGCGAUAA